AAAGGAGCCAUUAUUGUACGCAUACGUUUGUUUUGAAACUUUCAAACCCUAACUUAACUAAUUAACUCCGAUCCAUCUUCAUCUUCAUCUCCUUCAGGAGAAAAUAUACUGAUCGCAGAAACAGUGCGUUCAUGGAAACUAGAUCCGCCAAAAGGAAAAGGCUUCUAUUGAAUCGACUCCCCUCCGGCGGCUCCGACCGUCUCAGUGAUCUCCCCGACGCCGUCCUCCACCACAUUCUCUCCCUCCUCCCCAUCCAAUCCGUCGCCCGGACCAGCGUCCUCUCCAAGCGAUGGACCCACCUCUGGCACUCCUUCCCCGAUCUCGAUUUCACCACCGUCGAUCCCGCAUUCUCCGACGACAAUAAUAAUAAUGCCAACGGAGCGGAAUCCGUGCACCGGGUCUUGACCCGCCGGGGACGCCAUUCCCCGUUGCGGGCACUUCGCUUCCGGGCCCGCGUCACCUUCUCCCGCCUCAACCGCCUCCUCCGCUCCGCGGUCAACCUCGACGUCCAGGAACUCGACGUCGAGGUUGCCACCCGGGACUUUCUCAAUUUCCCUAGGAGCGUCAUUUCAUGCGACACGUUGAGGGUUUUCAAGCUCAAGUCCCGCUAUCCGGGCUUCCGCUUCCCGCCUUCCUCCGUCAUGACCCGCGGGUUCCAGUCUCUGCACACCCUGUCAUUGUCCUUCGUCCUUCUCGACGACCAACCCUCUCUCCUCGACCUCUUCACCGACCCCUCGUUUCCAAGGCUCAAGACGCUGAGCCUCGACAGCUGCUGCGGCCUGACGCAUCUGGCAGUAAGCUGUCGGGCACUCGAGCACUUGAGCCUCGGGAACUGUCGCGACCUCCAGUGUUUGGAGAUCACAGGCUCGAAACUCGAGAGGUUGCGGGUCGAACGCUGUUUCGACCCGUGCGCCACUAACGACACUUGGGUCAAAAUCGAUGCCUCGAGACUCCAAUCUAUCAUUUGGUCCGACAACACCGUCACCGACAAAUGUUGUUUGCAAAAUUUAGUUUCACUCCGUGAAGCCUUUGUUGGUUUCUUCAUCCGUUUUCAACACCUCACUCACCUCAAGCUUCUCAGUGUCUCCCAAUUUUUGUCUGGAAUCGCCUCUUCCCGCUCUUUGGUUCUCGAAUUUCUCUCAAUCGAGAUGUACAAGAAGGACAUGGAGCACGUAACGGCGGUGGAACGAUUAUGGGAGUCACACAGGGAGUCGAUGGAGUCGUUUUUGGAGCACGUAGGGGUGGUGAAGAUCCACGGGGUUUCGGAGAGCGGGGACGAGAUCGGGUUCGUGAAGUUCUUGCUCAACUAUGGGAAGUUGCUGCAGGAAAUGGCGCUGUAUGGAAGACGAUGCAAAUGGAGUGAUUCUCGUCUAAAGGAAAAGACUAAGUACGAAAUAUUGGGGUUUUCUCGUGCUUCCUGUCAUGUUAAGAUUGCUUUCCGCUAAUUGUUCAAUUAUUUUGAAUUAAUGUUUGGAACACUAAUAUAUAGUACUCCAUUAUUGAUUUCAUCUUCAUUAGAUCAUCACACACAGUAUAUGUAUUAUGGCAGAACUUGACCGGACGUGACCGUAAGAGGGUGGGUGUAGAUAGAAAAGAGCGUGUUAUGAAGCAUGUAAGCGGGCGUGACAAAAAAUGAUGGACAUUGCU